AUGGCCAGACAGAAGGAAGAAACAGGUUUUAGGUCACAGGUGUGCCUCUUGGAAGCAGUUGCAUCCUUUGGUACAACAAUGCUGGUUGUCUUCUGCCUUCCUGAAUUUGACAUCCUGACCAAUGUGUUCAUUUCCAACAGUGUUUAUCUCACCCCAUCGGUUCUACAAGUGAUCUCUUUAAACAUCAGCCAUCGGUUCAAAGUCACAGCUCCCCUGGCUGGGCUGCUCAUUCUCUUGUGUGCCUACGGUCUCUUCCUAUUUGUCCAGAUAUUUUAUCUGAAGAAACAUGAUGCGGUGUACUUGGGUCUGAUUGUAUUAUUCUCAGUUUUAACUUCCCUAACCUGGUGGGAAAACUUUAUCUCAAAUUGGAAACAUCCAAUAUUUAGACAUCUGAGAUAUGACUUGGAUAAAUCCAGGAAUGUGAGGAGCCUGUGUAUCAGUGUAGUGAGAAUUAUUGUCACUGCUUGUGUUGUAGGAGCUUUGAUACCUAUUCGAGAGUUGGAGUGGGCAACUAUCAGUGAUGUUGCAUCUCACGAAAUCAGAAUAAUCCUGGGCCUUUUUGGAGUGCAGGCUGUGGCAUCAGUGCUUUGUUCCUGGUUUGGAGGUGUUGCAUGUAAGAUCCAUGCAGUGAAGCGAAGUUUUGGUCUUCCUUUGAUCCUAAAUACUCCUGUCAUACUCACCUUUUUCUUGGUAGUUUUCAGAAUUCAUUACAAUGAAUUUCUGCAGACAAGCAACAAUUUUAAUAUCUCAGAUUUCUGUGCCAAUUCCAGAGCUGCGGUAAAUGAAACAGUUGGUGUAAAUAUCCUUUUUUCAGAAAUCAUUCGCGGUAUCUGCGAGCAGGGAGAUUUAGUAGACAUGGUCAGUGUUGGAUUAGUGGGAGCUGCUGGGGCACUCUGGUGGGUUGGACUCAUUUUCACAUCAAUCUAUGUGUGGACCCAGAAUGUCAACAGAAUACAACGGACAUCAGAGACCUUUGUUCGGAGAAUCUACGAAGCUGCCUUUCUAGAACAAUCCAUGCUACUGAACAGAAGGUUCCACAUCAGUCCACAGAACACAGAGGAAAGCAACCCAAGGUUGGACAGAUUCAGGGGAAAGCGAUGGAAGACUUUGGAUAAAAGUGAUGACAACUUUGACUUUGAAGUCCACAUUAUGUUCGAUGAUGCUUUCAGGAAUGUUACAAAUAAAGAGGCGGGCACCAGGAAGAGAGUUAUCAAUGAAUAUGCGGAGUCGCUCAUCAAAGCAAUAGAUGAAAACUACAGAAUAUUUCAAACAACCACCUCCAGAAGCUCUUCAGAGAAAGAUGAAAAUGAUGCUUCAGGAACAAAAGUGAUCUCCACUCCCUAUGGAGGACGACUCUCCUACACCUUACCUUGUGGAAAUGGUCUACACGUCCAUCUGAAAGACAUAGAGUUUGUUCAGAACCGUAAAAGAUGGUCACAGGUGAUGUGUAUGUACUACCUGCUGGGCUGGAGACUGUAUAGGAAGCACUUUAUAUGCCAACAUCUACAUCCAGAGGAUGGAACUAAAAUUCUGGGAAGGUUGGAGACAGAGAAAAAGAACACAUAUAUUUUGACUCUGGAUGGGGACAUUGAAUUCCAGCCAUCUGCUGUAACUCUGCUGAUUGACAGACUCAGAAGGUACCCUAAAGUCGGAGCUGCCUGUGGGCGAAUACACCCAGUCGGACUCGGUCCUAUGGUAUGGUACCAGAAGUUUGAAUAUGCUGUUAGUCACUGGCUCCAUAAGACAUCUGAACACGUGUUAGGCUGCGUGCUGUGCACUCCAGGCUGCUUCAGCUUGUUCAGGGCAGCGGCUCUAAUGGAUGACAACGUACUGAAAAAAUAUACAAUGAAGCCCACGACUGCAUUGGAGCACCUCCAGUAUGACCAAGGUGAAGACCGGUGGCUUUGCCUCCUGUUACUGCAGCAGGGCUGGCGAAUCGAGUACUGCGCAGCUUCCGACUCGUACACCAACACCCCUCGGGAAUUCGAGGAGUUCUUCAACCAACGGCGACGCUGGGACCCAUCAAAAAUCGCAAAUAUCAUUGAGCUGCUGGGUAAUGGAUUUGAAACUUCAAGAAAAAACCCUUCUGUUUCAAGACCGUUUCUUCUCUACCAGAUCCUGUACUUGAUGGCAAAUCUACUGGGGCCAGCCACUGUCUGUUCUCUUAGUGCAGUUGCUCUAUCCUUCUUCACCGGCUGGGAUUACAACAGGUGCUUGAUCAUUUCAGUCAUCCCUCCAAUAAUUUACCUAAUUUUCUGCUACAUGACAACUCCCGAUACUCAGAUCAGAGUGACUGCAUUCCUUACCGUAGUUUAUACCCUUGCCAUGACUGGUGGAGUUUUUGCUGCAUUUGGCAUGAUGAUCAGUGAUGGAACACUUGUGUCACCAAUUGGUAUUUUCAUUACUUCACUUGUACUGCUUUAUUUCAUCAGUGCACUGUUGCACCCAACUGAAAUAUUCCUUGCUAUAUACGGCUUCAUCUAUCUCCUUUGCAUUCCUGCGGCGUCAAUGCUGCAACCAAUUUAUUCAUUGGCAAACUUGCACAUCACAUCUUGGGGAACCAGAGAGACGAGGCCAAAGCAGCAAAAUGGAAGUUCACAGAAUGAUCAACACCUGAGAUACCAAAGAGGUCGCUGGCACUUUGAAUGUACAAUUCGUUGUCAAAAAGCUCAGCAUCCCACCAAAGGAACAUUUAAAAAGAUAAAUGAAACAGAUGAAGACACAGAGAAGCUGGAAUUACCGGUAGAAAACUGUUGGCUCUCUGAGUUGAAAAAGACAACACUCUUUACUGAAGAUUCCCUGGAAGAAGAUGAAUCCUUAUUUUGGAGUGAACUGAUACAGGUGUAUCUGAAUCCCCUCUCUGAAGAUAAAUAUUAUUUGAAAACAAUCAAGAAGGAACUCCUGAGUCUCAGGAAUAAGCCUUGGAAAAGAAAAGAAAUCGCAGUGCAGCACAACCAACAGCCAACAACUCACCCAGCUAUGCUGUACCUGGGUCAUCCCUUCCGCUCAUGCUUGAACCUCCUCAAACCCAAUCUCAGAAGGAGUACGCAGGACAAACAACUGAGACAAAUUGAUGUCUCUCCAGCUAAGCAGGUCCAGUGUUUUACUCCUGAGCAAGCAGUCCUGGUGAGGAACUAUGGAGGCAUUCCAAAGUGGGAACUUGGGAAGAUUAAGGACAGAAUGGGAUCACUGUGCUAUGGAGUGGAGAUUGCAUCUGAUAUCAUCUGGAGACGAUACAGUGAUCAGCUAAGGAUGACAGUAUCAGUUGUCAGAGAAGAAAGGUGUCCAGAGCUGUCAGAACCAUUUUGUGCAGCCCCAGAGUCGACUCCUACAACCAGCACAAAGGAAGCCUCAGAACCUGAGUUUAUUUCACAGCUACAGGACUCACCUGUUGAGCAGUGUGACUCCCCCCCCCAACCCCCGGUCCGGAAAGACAUUAUCCCGCAAGAGUAA